UAGAGACAAAAUGAAGGCCAUCUUGACGACUCUGUUGGUAUCGUUGUGUGUUGGCGCUAGCCUGGCAACCAGCUACGGCGGGGGCGGUGGCGGGGGUGGGUAUUACGGGGGAUAUGGAGGUUAUAGUGGGUACGGAGGAUAUGGUGGAUACGGAGGGUACGGCGGGGGAUACGGCGGGGGAUAUAGUGGUGGAAAGGGUUACGGAAAAGGGAAAGGUGGAGGUAGCUACUCUACCAUUAUUUAUUACCCGGUGGCUCAGGACUACUACGUGCCGGUGCCCGUUGACGGAGGAAUGGGAGGAUAUGGUGGAUAUGGGGGAGGAUAUGGAUAUGGCGGAGGAUAUGGAUAUGGCGGAGGAUUAGGAGGAGGAUUGGGAGGAGGAUUAGGAGGAGGUUUGGGAUUACCCAAUGGCGGUCUUGGACUGGCCCUGGGCUCCGUCUAUAACCAAAACCAAGGUUUCCUCGGUGGGGGUGGAUUUGGGGGUGGCUUCGGGGGUGGAAGCCCGCUCUUAGGAGGUAUCGGAGCCCUCGCCGCUGCUUCGAAUCCUUUACUCGGAAUAGGUUUGGCUGCCGCCGGUGGAUUCCCGGGUCUCGGCUUCCUUGGAGCCUUGACUGGUUGAUUAUUCAGAGCUGAUUGUCUGCAUCACGCAUCGCAUACUAUAGUUUACGAAGUUUUGUCACCGCCCA